GCGGUGCGGCAGGCAGACAGUCGUCUCCACACGGUCUCAAGAGCCCUGCCGCCGCGCGUCGCCUCUAAUUCAGGGGGAAAGGCUGUGCCAGACACCUCGCAGGUCCCCACAGCCAGGAGUAGGGGGCGAGCAAGGGGGGCCGCCACGCGAUGGCUGAGCCGGUAGAGCCAGGAGACAGGGAGCCAGCGGGGCUGGACAGUGACCCCCCGGCCCCUUCCCUUCCCGACCGCCCCGGGGACAUGGCCUCCCGGCAGCUGACCAGGCACCAGAGCCCCGAGGGCCCACUGGGCCGGUGGGGAGCGGCCACGUCCCGUCUGUGUGUCUCAGCGCCUCCUGUAUCCCUUCCCGCCUCGCACCAUCCCGGGGGCCCUGACCACAGGCCUGCGGUGUGGGCGGGGGGGCCACCUUCGUGACGAUGACGCGGAGCAGGCCAGGACACGCCUGGGGCUUUGGCCAGCCGUCCCUGGGAGACGGAGGCAGGCACGUAGUCCAGGGGAAACAGCCAUGGGGAAGGGACUAGCCCAGUGGUGCUUUCACCCUCCUGAUCAGAGACACGGGCCUGCUCUCCACACACAGUCCUGUCCCAACAAGCUGCUGAGGUCCUGGGUCUGAUGCCCUGAGGAGGCUGAGGUCCUGGGUUCCCGUGUCCUCUCUUGGGAGCCCAGGAGGGGGUGGCUGGAGACAAGUCAUUCCUUGUGGCUCCUCUGCCCAGCCGGGCUCGCCCUGAAACAAGGAAGUAGAGAGGAGUUGAUGAUUAGUUAGUAGCUGAAAGGUGUUUUGAAUUAAAGAGAAAAAAAAAAAAGAGCAAACAGACUAACCAAAAAACUAACAGAAAUCCACCCACCCUCGAGGUUAUUCAAUUUGCAAGUGUAACUGUGCCAGGUGAGGAACUGGCCCUCCGCAGGUGCCGGGGUGCGGUCCUGUGCGGGACUCACUGCCCACGGGGAGCCUGGGAGAGCUGCCCCCGGCACUGAUCUAACACAGCAGGUGCUCGGGACGCCUCUGUGGGCGGACAGCGCCUGCUUUUAGCGACACUAGUAGAAUUUCUCGGGUGAUGGAAACGUUCCAGGCCCAUGUGGGGCUGUAGGGCGCUUGGAUUGUGCCUGUGUGGCUGAGGUACUAAAUUUUCAUUUUAUUUAAAAUAGCCACGUGCAGCUCUUGGCUGUGGGUUGGAUGGUGGAGCUUUGAGGGUGCUCCGUGGGGGUGAAUGCCCUCCGCCUGGGGUGUCCUGCUGCCGCUGCAGGGCCAGGGGCUCAGUGUGGCCAAGGCAGUGAGCAGCCCUUGGGAACCACUUCAGAGCCUCCGGGUCCCCCCUGUGCUCUGCGCCGCUCAGUCCAUGGAAUUCUGAUUAUGAGGAUUUGGUGGGGGGAUGGCUUUCUUCCCAGACCCUGUAGUCAAACCCGAAACACACGACUGUCACCCCACUGCACCCCUGGGCUGUGACAGGAGCAGUCCCACAGCGUCUUCAGCUGACAUUGGUGAAACAGAAGUGUCUCGAUUCCUCAGGUUUUUGUAAAAGAUCAGAGAGGCUGGGAAGCAGGAUUCAGGAGGAGGACGUCUCCCCAGGUGAACCCUAAAGCACAGAAUGGUGUCAGCUGAGCUGGUCCAGCGGCAUGGUUUACAGCCUGCUCUGUCUGUGUGAAGAGCUCAGCGCCUCGGAUGACAGCUCCCUGUCGGACGGGCUGCCCCGGGAGGAAGAGGCACCUCAAGUGCCAAAACCUCCCCCGGAGGCCCCAGAUCCACCCUCCCGGCCUCUCCCGCCCCAGAGCCUCGAGGGGCUGCAGCCAGCAGGCCCUGAGACGGGGGGCCUGGAGCGGGCCCCCAUCCAGAACAGCCCCUGGAAGGAGACGAGUCUGGACCACCCCUACGAGAAACCCAGGAAGUCUUCCGAGGCCGGAAGCGAGUCCAGCAGCCCGGCCAGCACCCCACAGGAUGGGCCGAGCGCCUCCAGCCUAUGGCUGCUGGAGCCCGCCUCCUACUGCGUGGUCCCCAUCCACAGUGUUCCUGGGCAGCGGCAGGGCCGUACCAGUGCCCCGGCCACCCCCGACAUGCAGGGCAGGAGGGGCCAUCCGCAGCCCCUGAGGAGCGACCCCUUCCGUGCGGGCCCCGAUGGCCGGGGUCGCAGCGCCGUCCCGCGGCGCCGCCCCACUUACUACACAGUGACGGCGCCGGAGCCCUGCUGUGCCCGCCCCGCGCUCACUCCGCGCGCCGCCUGCCACUCGUGCUCCGAGGACAGCGGCUCCGAAGCGUCCAGCCUGUCGCAUCCCACGCCGCCCGGCAGCAGCAGUCCCGACAUCUCCUUCCUGCGGCCCCUCUCCCCGCCCGCGCCGUCCCGCCCGCCCCGCGGCCCCGCCGGCCCCCGGCCCCGGCCGCUCCCCGCCUGCCUGCGGGCUACGCGCUACGUGGUGCUGGCCGAGGGCUGCCCGCCGCCCGCCCAGUGGGCCGAGUGGGGCCUGGGCCUCGGCGAGGACGUGGGCCCCCCGCGCUGGCAGCGCCCGCCGCCCGCCCACAGCCGCGUGGCCCGGACGCCCUCGCUGCGCGACCACCCCGCGGGCCGCGGGCUCAGCAAGGCCGCCGUGUCUGAGGAGCUCAAGUCGUGGCACGAGCGGGCCCGGCUCCGGAGCGCGCGCCCCCACUCGCUGGACCGCCAGGGGGCGUUCCGCGUGCGCAGCCUGCCGCCCGGCGCCGACAGCUUCGUGCGCCCGCCCGCCCCACGCGGACAGGUGCCCACGGUGUGCGUGCUCCGGAGAUCACCUGAGGGGGCCCCGGUGCAAGUUUUUGUACCUGAGAAUGGCGAGAUCAUGAGCCAGGUGUAACCCCCGGCUGCAGAUGCCCCGGCCGGCUGAAGAAACUGUUUCCCAGCAGGGCUGGGGCUGUGACCGCCCCCUCUCGACGCCCUCUUCAGCUCCCUUCCCCCAUCGCAGGUCGAUGACCUGGAGCUGAAACUUUUUUUAUCAGUUUUUGUUCAAAAGCCCUGGCCUAAGGAUUUAUGUUUGUGGUUUGUCCGCACAAUCCCUGUGAUAUGAGGAUGCUUUAUUCCCCAGAGACUGGCCUACUGGAUGUGAGGCCUUGCCUCUGGCUGGUGGCAUCUCUCCAUGUGCCAGAGGGGUGGCAGGGGAUGCCUGGAGCAGAGAGGGCCACAGAGAGUUCCCCCAGCGCUCUGGAGAACAGCCCUCCUGCCCCACUACCGCUGGGGGCGGCACCCCUGUCCCCAGUUCCCAGCACUCCGGCCAUCGGGGUGCACGCGUCCUGGCCUCUCUGUGCUCUGUGAUGCAUGUGCCGAGGGCUGGCUUAAAGGUCAGUGUGUCCUGGUGGAGUCUUGUCUUCCCUGGCCCUGGUUACUGUGCACCUGUGUCCUGAGGCCCCCAGCACUGACCCAGGCCCAGGAACCUCGGGUCCGAGGCCUCUCUGGUUGGGAGCAUCAGGAGGCCCAGGCUGGGGCUGGCCACCUCCUCUGGGCCCCGUGAGGACUUGCAGGCCCCCGCCCCCUGACGUCUUUUUGUCGUAGUCCCAAGAGCCAACACGGCACACAUGCUUUGAGAAAGAUGCCCCUUUUGGGGUGUGCCCGGGGCAGGAGUGUUACUGCUUCUCCCCACGCAUAUGCCUCUGUCCUAAGACCAGAUCUUCUUGAAGGAGGACAAGUCCUGGCUUUACAGACAUGGGACACUCGCCCUGCAGGUGUUACUGAACUGUCCUAGCACUGAGACUUGAGGCCUGGCAGCUGGCCGUGCCAAGCUGAUCUGUGGUCCCAGGCUCUUGUCCUAGUAGGGCCUCUGCUGCCUGGUCAGAGCCCCAAAUGGGGACCCUGCUCGCAGGAGAGAGCCGCUGAGUCAAGGCCAGGAGGUGCAGGGCGCACUAGGCUGACUCUGCCCACGUGGCGUCCUCCGUCUGUAGGGUGGAAGCUGGGGAUUUAAGGCCCCAAGAACAUCCUGACCUGGAUAAGACCCACUUCUCCCACUGCCUGGGCCGCCUGGCUGAGGGGUCAGGAGGAGGGAGGGGGCCUGCGGAGAAGCCUGCAUCCCUGCCCUUCCUGGUCUGGGGCCACCUGGGCACAGCCACCCACCCCCUGGUCCUCAUGGAGCACAGCGCUCCUUGGGUUAGCACCCCACAUACCUGCGUGCCCCGCAUGUUAACUUAUUGCUCCUGUGUGAUGCCCGGUGCACCUGAGAAGCAGCUGUGUCCUCGGCUGUGUGGCUGGAGCUAUGGGGUUUCCGUGCCAAAACUCCAAUAAACUCUGUACUUUGUGAGGCUGA